CAAAAGAGAAGAUCCCAAGCUGAAGUGGAAUGCAGAUCUGAUAAGAAAAAAAAAGAUGGGGUGGGGAUGGGCGAUGUGGGAGGGGUUGGUGGCGGUGGGAUCGUUGGUGCUGCUCGGCUGGGCGGGGCUCUGGUUCUUGAACCGGCGGCUGUACAAGGAGUACGAAGAGAAGAGGGUCCUCGUCCAGAUCAUCUUCAGCGUCGUCUUCGCCUUCUCUUGCAAUCUCCUCCAGCUCGUCCUCUUCGAGAUCAUCCCUCUUCUCUCCCGAGAGGCUCGAUGGCUCAACUGGAAGGUGGACUUGUUCUGUCUGAUACUGCUCUUGGUCUUCUUGUUGCCUUACUACCACUGCUACCUCAUGCUCUGCAACAGUGGUGUAAGGAGAGAACGUGCUGCCACUGGAGCCAUUCUGUUCUUGCUUGCAUUUCUCUAUGCCUUUUGGCGCAUGGGUAUCCACUUCCCCAUGCCUUCCCCAGAUAAAGGUUUCUUUACCAUUCCUCAGUUGGUCAGUAGAAUUGGAGUCAUUGGCGUGACUGUUAUGGCUAUCUUGUCUGGUUUUGGAGCUGUAAAUUUGCCCUACAGUUAUUUGUCUCUCUUCAUCAGAGAGAUUGAGGAAGCAGAGAUUAAAGCGUUAGAGAGACAACUGAUGCAAUCGAUGGAGACUUGUAUCCUCAAGAAAAAGAAAAUUAUUCUUUGCCAGAUGGAAAUGGCACGAAUGCAAGGAUCAGAAGAGAAGUUGAAGGCUAGAUCUUUGUUCAAACGGAUUGUUGGCACAAUGGUAAGAACAGUGCAAGAUGACCAAACAGAGCAAGAUAUUAAGAACAUGGAAGCAGAGGUACAAGCUUUGGAAGAGCUCUCGAAGCAAUUGUUUUUGGAAAUUUAUGAGCUUCGCCAGGCCAAGGAGGCAGCUGCUUAUUCUCGAACAUGGAGAGGUCAUAUGCAGAAUCUACUUGGUUAUGCUUGUUCAGUAUACUGUGUAUACAAAAUGAUUAAGUCUUUACAAAGCGUGGUGUUUAAGGAGGCUGGUUCAGUAGAUCCUGUGACAAGGACAAUCAGCAUAUUUUUGCGUUUAUUUGAUAUUGGUAUCAAUGUCUCUUUGUUGUCUCAGUACAUUUCUUUGAUGUUCAUUGGAAUGUUGAUUGUUAUAUCAGUUCGUGGUUUCUUAACAAAUUUAAUGAAGUUCUUCUUUGCAGUUUCCAGAGUCGGAAGUGGGUCUUCUAGCAAUGUUGUACUUUUUCUGUCUGAAAUAAUGGGGAUGUAUUUUGUGUCUUCUAUUCUCCUGAUACGAAAAAGUUUGGCCAAUGAUUACAAGAUGAUCAUUACUGAUGUGUUAGGUGGAGAUAUCCAAUUUGAUUUCUACCACCGGUGGUUCGAUGCGAUUUUUGUAGCAAGUGCUUUCCUUUCUCUUCUUUUACUUUCUGCGCAUUACACCUCACGCCAGGCCGACAAACACCCUAUUGAUUAAUUUCUUAUGUUGGCAUUGCUAGGGAUGAGUGGCAUGGCUUGUUUGUAUGAGUGGAAGUUGUACUACAGUCUUCACUCUUCUCCCAUGAAUGCAGGAGUACGAAUUGCUGGCAGUCGUGAAGUUGGAUAAUGGUGGGAAACACGGUGUUUUGAAGCUUGCUCUCGUAUGUCUGAUGGGUCUCCGUUUCAUCGGCUUGUAGAUAGUGGAACCGGCAGGCAGAGGGAACUUUCUUUAUGUCAAAGAAGCAAAGAAGACACGGGAACCUGUAAGCUGGGGUUGAAUGAUCACGCUCUCUUGUAUAUCAAAGUUAGGCCUUUGUAUUUUGCGCCAUCUGCAUUUAGAACUUGACUACAUUGGAACGGAA